AUGGGCUCUCUGACUAUGAAAGCUGAAGCAACUGUUGCUACAGACUGGAAAAAAAAAUUUACUCCAGAACAAUUCUAUGUUACAAGAGAAAAAGGAACUGAACUGCCAUUUAGUGGGACCUAUCUGAGUAAGACAGAAUGGGUAAUAUACUACCUCAUGUGCUGCAACGUCCUGCUGUUCAGCUCAGAAAAGAAGUACAACUCUGGAACUAGAUGGCCAUCGUUUUCUGAGACUUGUGAUACUUGUGGCAGAGAUGAAGGUAAUACUGGUAUCAUGAGACGACCAGAUAACUCGUUGUGAUCAACUAGAAUUGAAGUUGUCUGCAAACAGUGUGAUGCCCAUCUGGGCCAUGUGUUUGAUGAGAGUCCCACACCUUCAGGGCAGAGGUUCUGUAUCAACAGUGUUUCAUUAAACUUCAAACCAGGCUCUG